AUGGGGGAAAACUAUGUUCAAGGAACAAAUGCUGAUACCGAGGAGAAUGUUGACCCACAUUAUGAAAUUUUCUUGAACAGCCUUAAGCAAGAUGGGAAUGUAUGGGUUGUUGAAGCUGAUGAAAGGAAUGGAUUACCAAAAAAUCACAUCUUGGAAGAGGUUCCUGAUGAUGAUAUCAGGAGGGAAACUAUGGAUGUGAUUGUCGAAAAUGUUGAAGAUGUUGGGUCAAAUAUUUGCAGUCCAGACGAGAUUGUUGUUGGUAGUCUUUGUAAGAAGCAGAAGGAGAAGGUAAUAGUGGUUGAGAGAGGCAUGGAGUUAGAUGAUGAAGAUCCCGAUAAUCUAAACAACUACACGUCUUCUCCUAUGGAGGAGAAUAAUGUGAGAAAUUCAACAAAAAUCACCAAUGGAUCAGGAGAGUUUGAAACUUCUGAGGAUAAGGAUAAUAAUAUUGUCCAUGACGAUGACGAUGAUGACUACUGCAUCCGCCUCGAGACUCCAAGUGGAGAAGUAAAUGUAAGUGGGAGAAUAGAUUCUCAAUUCAGAGAAAAAUUGAUGGAGAUUUUAAGAAAACCAUUUGACAAGAUGGAGCACAGGAGACUUUCGCGAGACAUAAAAGCUACCAAACCAAUCAGGCGCAACUUGGACUUGCGCUAUGGGAGGGAAAAGUCGUAUUCAACUGAUAGAAAUGGGAAAUCAUACCUUGAUCACUACCCUGGUCUUCGAAAGAAGCUUGAGGCAGCUGAUUGUCACAAAGAGUUGAACUUGUUACGCGGGUUUUUCUUCUGGUUACAGAAUCUGACGCUCCUGCCAGAAGAUUUCUUUCCUUGGCGAGAUGAGUCGUGUCUUGCUGUGCAGGCAGAAGAUCGUUAG